AUUGUUUUAUUUUGUAUUAAGGGAAGCUCCAGUGCAGUGAAGUUUAAAAUAGUUUAAUAUCAAUUUGAGAAAAAAGAUGCCGGAUGGACUUAAAUAUCUCUUGGCCGCACCUGGAAGGCAAAGAUGUGUCGUAUUCUUGGAAAAUGAAAUCACAUCGUUAUAUAACACAGACUAUGUUGAGGAGCUCGUAAAGAACUUUACAAAUGAGAAUAGUCGUCAAACUGAUUCUCCCAAAAAGCCAAUAAUUCAUCUCAUUCUUUAUGUUUUGUCGAAGGAGUCUUUAAAUUAUGACAAAGAGUUGACAUUUGUAUAUGAGAAUUUCGAAUUCUCCAUUGAUGGAGUAUUUCAACAAUUGUGCCAAAAUGUGAAGAAGCAGCCGAAUUCGAGUCAUGUUUUGAUAAUUGACGAUUUCUCGACAUUUUCAUUGUUAUCAGCAAAUAGAGAUUGUUCUAAAAUUGCAAGCUUUUUGAAGCGGUGCUGUAAAAAGUUUCAGCGAGUAUUUACAUUUUCUAACCAAAAUACAUUAAGCAGACUCGAAAUUUCUAAAUUGUAUGAAGUGGCAUCAGCAGUUGCUGUUCUGGGAUGUUAUCAUGGUAGUGGUGGGCUACCAAAUGAGGUGGCGCAUGCUAAGAAGACAAUACUUGUUUGUGAUCUUUUGAAAAUCAGAGAAGAGAGAAGAGUGUCUCAUGAGCAAACAAAGUUUCAAGUACUUGAAGGAGAAAUAACCGAGUUGAAAGAAGAUGCAUUGGGCGGAACUCUGAGCAAAAACCAAGAGGACGUACUUAAAAAUCUCACGACUUUCAAACUAACUGUGGAAGAUAAAGAAAAGGAAUCCAGGAGUAAACUAUAUCUUCCAUAUUUUGACGCUCAAAAAAUCGCUGUUGAUGAUCCUGAAGAUUAUGAUGACUAUGAUGAUGAAGAUGAAGAGGUGUAACUGGAGCAAGACUGCAUGAUUAAUGUUGGUGCAUAUUAUGCUAAAUGAAUAAAAUGUCUGUGAUAUAUUAGUUAAAACCAA